UUAUCCUGUAGUUUGAUACAUCAAGUUUUUUGCACCAAGAACUUUUUUCCCUGUUACUGCUCCAUUUGUUUCGGCUCUUCUUAGUUUGUUUGCUUGUCUUAGUAUAAUUGCCUUCAGAAACUGACCACCUUGAAUUUUUGGCUAUUACUUUCCCCUGCCUUCCUCAAUCAUUGGGCAAUAUGAACAACCUGCAUGCCAUUCAUCACUGUCUUUUUUUUUCUUCAAAAUGUUAAUCACACAUGGCUUUGCAAUAUAACUAAAAACGAGCUUUAGGAUAAGUGAAAAUGAAAAAUCAUGCAGUCUCUAUAAUUUUUUUCAUCAUUAGUUGACUAGAUUCACUUAAUUAUGAUACCUUUACUAUUUUCAAAGUGAAGUCUUUUAUGUUUAUCAGUUUAUUUUGCUAUAUCUUUGUCUGGACAACUUUUAAAGUCACAUUUGUGACAAAUAUCUUUCAGUAUUGUGGUUAAACAAUUGUGUUUUUCUUUGAAAUAUUAAGUUGCUGAUGGUGAUUUCCUGCCAUUAGAGACAAGAGAAACAACUGCAUCCAAGCAAACACAUCCACCAAAUGCGCCACGGCACUUCUAAACUUUGACUGGUUUUAACCUCUUGAAAAGUCGCAAACUGAUGCUGGCUUGUUUAUGUUGGAGAUAAAUUGACAGUAAGGAACAUCUUGUUCCUCUGUCAGCUGUGAUGCCAGCUAGCCUAAAUUUGGGGUGUUUUUGGUUCCUUUCCAGAAAGUCGUCUGCUGUGUAACCAUCCCUUGCUCUCCACACAGAUAGCCAGAAAAAAUACGCUGUGACUUCUUCUUCACACAGCCACGACCAGAGACGAGGAAACAACCUAGGGGAUUCUGGGACUUUCUGGACAGUCCAGAGGACACUUUGUUAUGGUCGUUGUUCUCAGAUAAUGAAACCCUUGGAGGCUAUCCGCUGCACUUUUCCCAAUUGUACCUGUGAGUGUUUUUCACCUGGCAAAGUUCACCUCCGUUCCUGUGAAGGCUGCAAACAUGGAUGGGUAGCACACGCUCUAGACAAGCUUGGUCACAGACACAUUUUUAACCUCGGGAUGUCGGUAGAAGUGGUGCAGCCUAACAUCGUGUUUGACAUUGCCAGUCUGAUGCUGUAUGGGACUCAGGCCACGCCCAUCAGACUGAAGAUUCUCCUGGAUCGACUCUUCAGUGUUCUACAACAUGAGGAGGUGCUGCAGGUCCUACAGGGGUUCGGAUGGACCUAUGAGGACUACGCCAGGGGCUACAUUCUCCAGGACUCCAGUGGGCAGGUAUUGGAUAAGUGGGCUAUUGCUUCUCGAGAGGAAGAACAUGUCAUUCUACAACAGUUUCUACGAUUUGGAGAAACAAAAUCAAUUGCCCAGGAAAUCAUAUUACAAGACAGCAAGGACCAACAAGAGCUGCUCUUCAAAGCGGGCAACCGCUCAGACUCUGAGAUUAAAAAAUUCAUUGAACGAAACAAUCACUCCAUGCAAAACUAUAUGAGAUCUCUUGAUUCACGACAUUUGUUUGGAUCCCGGAUUCCCUUUGUCCCUAUUGAUGGGCGUCUGUUGUCACCAGCAUCUCUAUCCAACUUCUCACCUCCUUCUUCAAGAGAGUUGAGACCUCCUGUUGUCACUGCUGGAUUGACAUCCUCUAGUCCAAGUUCAGGAUCACCACUAGGGAGACUACAGACCAUGCAGCCAUUCGACUUCCGCCGAGACCAGGGAAGUCCUGCACUUAGUCCAGUUAUCCCAGACAAACAAUCGGGAUCAUCACCCAGCCUAAGCCCUAAAAAUCUCAGCUCUACUCCUCCUUCUUCUCAGCCUGUGACUCCCCCAUUUACUCCAGUAAAAGGACUGGAGAAUCAGGACCAUUCUCCUCUGUCCUUGACAAAAAUCCCCAUGACUCUGCCAAUUCUUCCACCAAAAGACAAUCAAGGGGUCAGUGCAAUAGACUACUCCACAGCAAAGGACUCACCUGUCUCACCUAAUUCAAUCUUCUCAGACAGAAAGCUCAAGCAUAUCAGAAAAUCAAAUAAUCCUGUCAAACGACAAUGGAAUCCCUCGCCUGGUUUUGGAAGCACAUUCAUUGGACCGAAUGGAAAGAAACGUGUAUUGUGCACAGCUUGUAACAAAACUUUCUGUGACAAGGGAGCCCUGAAAAUUCACUACAGUGCAGUUCAUUUAAAAGAAAUGCACAGAUGCACUGUGGAUGGAUGCAACAUGAUGUUCAGCUCUCGAAGAAGCCGAAACAGACAUAGCGCAAACCCAAAUCCCAAACUACACAUGCCCCAGAAGCGAGUCAAAAUGUCGGACAGCAACUCCUUGAAUGAUGACUCUGACAAAUCACUGGCAUGUAGUCCCCCACCUACAAUGGUCAUCCCUCCUACCUUGGGACCACAAGGAACAAUUCCACCAAUUGAUGGAAAAGACAUCCAUCCAGCCAGUCAGGCAGCUUUCUAUGCAGAACUAAAUGCACACUUAUCAAUGUUUCCUACACCAGAAAAACGAUACAAACUUUUUCACAAUGAUGAAGGUCCAAAGGAUUUUAGCAUGUUGAAUAACAGGGACUCAAAACUGGAGUCGGAUGGAGAGAGUCUGUCUGACAAAGAGGAUCGACAGAAAAUGGUAUCACCCACUCAAAGAGCAAGCAGGCGAAAAAACAAUAUUCCCACUCGAUACAAACAACCAGCAGAAAACUUCUCUGAUGACAAUUCAGAUGAAAAAGACUCACCAAAAGAAGGUAUUGAUGAAGGAAAGUACUAUCACAGAAGAAGCAAGAUUGCCGAGUCUGUGGAAAAUGAGAGAUCGUCUAGUCCACAAUCACAGAGAUACUACCUCAAUCUUUCCCUAGCAGACGGAGAUCAUUCAGACAAAAGAGAGGGAAAUGAUGCCAGUCCUUCACGCAGGGACUUUCCCAAAAUUGUGUCCCUCUUAUCCAAGUCUCCUGGCUAUGAUUCCCAGGAAGCCUUAGAUUUCUCCAAGCCAAAGAAAAAAGUGGAAGAGGAAUCAGAAAUGGAGAUUGACUUUAAUACAUCUGAGUCUAAAGAGUCCUUCUCUGAAAAAUCAGAUGAAGAAUCUUCUACACAGAAUAACAAGGAGGAGUUCCAUGUAUGUGACAGGUGUGACAAAAGCUUCUCCAAUGAUGCCUCCCUGCAAUACCACAUCAAGACCAUGCAUAAGAGUAGCAAAACCACCAAGUCUGACUUCAGCAAUCGCAAAAGAAGGGCAUCUAGAACAGAAGAGGAAAAUGAUGGUAGUGAUGAAGAGAGAGAAAACAAAAGCAUGAGAAAGGAAGAUGAAGAAAAUCACUAUCCAAUCAAAUGUAAUGGCACACAGAGUAAUGGGAAUGGGCUCUUACAGGAAGAAGAGGAGGAUGAUGGGAAGGGAGAGGAGGAAGAAGACAGAGAUAGUGGGACUGAGCUGAACGAGAUUUGUCUGGAGGAGAACGAGAUAUCUGUCAACUGCCAUAUCUGUGACUCCAAGUUUAAGGACAAUUUAGCUCUCAAAGAACAUUUUGAAGUGAACCAUCCAAAAGAAAUGUUUAAUUGUACAGUCAAAGGGUGCGAAAAAAUCUUCUCCACGCGAAAAAGCCGAAACAGGCACAGUCAAAACGACAAUUUACAUCGACAUUUGUGUUCUGAGAAACAGAACGGAAUAGUCUGAAUCUCACUAGGAAACUUACUUAUUGCUCUAGUGCUUUAUUUAUUCACUCAUUGUUUUGUUAAAAUAUUUUGUAAAUGAUUUAACUUAUUACAACUCACAAGCCAGCAAAUUAAAAACACACAUUAGAGAACUUACUGCUCAAAAUAAUGGAGGUAUAUAAGCUAUGACUGUGUUGCACAUUUUCAUAUCCUAAGAACAUUUCUUUUAAAGGUUUAUAAAAACAAAUUGACUUUCUCUGUUACUGACCUUAUUAUAAUUAAUGAGAAAAUACAGUGUGUUUCAGUUUAUGAACCCAUUAUAUGUCUAUGCAAGCUAACUAAGGAGUUAAAAAUAAAAACACAUUCAUUUAAGUCCAUUCAAUCAGUCAUAUAUGCUUGGAUGUUCACAUAGUCAGUAUUAUUUACACACAGUUACAUGCAAUAUAUGUUUUCUAGAUGUCUCAGUGUUGUGCAUAAUGUUGUGAAUUUUUUUUUUGUUUAAAUAAAUCUCAGGUAAAAUUGCACUCAUGUAACUUCUAGUGAUUAGCCGUGGUAUGUUCAUGUUAAUGGAAAACCUUGUUAAUUUGUUCUCUGUUGCAAUACGAGAGUCCAUCCAUGUAAUAAUUGUAAGGAAAAAAACAAAAACAAAAAUAUAUUUUACAAGGUUUUCAUAUGUUGUAACUGCAUGCAUCAUACAUGUAUUAUGUUUUUCUGUAGAAAGGGAAAUAAUCCAAAAUCAUGUCUCAUAGUUUACAUUUCUUUUUCAGUUUUUUUCACCAAUAUUAUUGCAAUGCUUGUAAUGAAGUAUUUUUGUAGUAAUUUAAUGGAAAUGAUAUAUAUUAAACUACAAUCCCUGAUCACUUAUCGGAUGCAAUAUGUGUACAGGUCAUAUGACUUAGUAAAUCUGUGUCAGUUGUGUGCUUGAUUAAUUAUCACCUCCAACUUCUACAUGGUGUGUAUUGAUUGUGGUGCACAUUUUUUUUUUACUCAGUAGAUAACAAAGUAUAGGUUAUAACUGAAAAAAAAUAAUGAAAUAAAUCUUUUUGAAUCAUUUUGCUAUUUUAUAUCCAAGAACAACAAUACAAGUACAGUGUUUUCCCUAAGAACCAGUUAUAGUAAAACUCGGUUAUAACGAAGUCACUGGGACCCAUGAAAUUACUUUGCUAUAUUGGUAAUUUGUUAUAUCUGUAUAAGGAAUUCGUUAAAUUUGUGUAUUUUUGGAUCCAAGAGAACUUCACUAUAUCUGUGUUCGUACUAAACGAGUUUUACUGUACCGGCAAAAUUGACCGCUUCAAUCAACAAAAAUGCCGCUUUGAAAUGAAAGAAUACAAUAUGUAAAUUUAAUUGUUGUAAGGUUCACAGAGAUUUGUCAUAAACAUCAACCUCUAGUCUGUUACAAUUGAUCUUUAACCCUUUAUUUUGAAAUAAAGGGAAAACACUGCAAGUCUAGUGGCUACUUUGAAAAUUUGAUAUUCUUUAACUCUAUCUGGCAUUGUCAAAAUUGUUGUUUAUAUGUUCCAUGUUGAUUUUUCUAGCAGUACAUUACAAUGGAGAUGUUUUAUGCCUAGUGAAUUUUUGUAGACUUACAAUUAACACUUAGUAUUAUGUUAUUUUUUAUUAUCAAUAUUAUGCACUUUUGAACAAUAUUAUGCAAAUAUUUGUUUUUGUUAUGACAAAUAUCUAGUCGAUUUUAUAUAUUAUUUGAGCACAUUUUAUAUUGAUUUUGUCAAUGAAUGUUCAAGUCCUGCCAAUUCAGAGUUGCCAAAACCUGUAUAUUGUUUUUCACACUUAGCUAGUCUAGACUGUGAUAUUUCUGCUGACAGUAACCUAUAUUCACCUGAUAGUAACUUAUAUCCACCUCAGUCCUACUCAAGAACUUAACCCAGAUUCAAGUGGAAUUCAGACAAAUCCUCUGCCCUAGAUCCACAAUUUAAAGAUCUCUGUUCAGAAUUAUAUAUUAUAUAUGUAAUAUAUGUAAUUCAAGAUCUAAUUGAAAUCCAUUAUUGUUAUGUAUUAUUAGGUAUUCUUUAUCACCUGGUUGAAACAUUGAAACACAAAUCAAUUUGAAUUGAUCAGUAAAGUGGAACCUAAAUAUUAUAACUUGUAGGUGUGUUGUCAGAUUUCAUCAAAAUGUCUUGACAUUUUUAAUAUGUCAGUAGGAAAAAUGUCAUCAUUGAUAAGAACUGGUUCAUCACCAUGAUUUUGCUUUAACUUAAUUGUACUUACAAAUUGGAGUGUACUAAUAAUAAUGAUCUAUAUGUAUUAUAUUUAUAUAUUGGUCUCCAAUUGUAAUAACACAUUGGAAAACUUUCAUCAUCAGAUCUAGAGAUACUGUGUGUUAGAAAGUCACUUUUGCCUCAUAUUGGGUUGUAUUUUUUUUUAAUAGGGCACCAUACCAGAUGUUUUUUUUCCAGUCAUAAAUAGUUUUCACUGUUCAGUAUUGGAUAGAUGUGUUAUAUGUGCAAUAGGCGAAAUACAAUGAAUUCGUUAUCAUUUUAUGCAUAAUUUAUACAGACCACUUUUUGUAACAGUAUUAGGUUUAGAAUAAAGUUCUUGUAUACACGA